AUGGCGGAGGAGAAGGGCGCGCUGCAGUCGGCGAGGGAGUGGGUCGUGGAGCACAAGCUCCGGGCCGUCGGGACGCUGUGGCUCAGCGGGAUCGUCGGCUCCAUCGCCUACAACUGGUCCAGGCCGGGCAUGAAGACCAGCGUCAAGAUCAUCCACGCCAGAUUUGGUAUAUUCCAACCACUUCAAAUUUGUACUCAGAUGCCCUACCAAGCAACCCAGCAAGUGAAUGCGGUGUUUGAGGCACAUUAG